AUGGACAUCGGAGGGUAUGGACCAAUAAGUAUUCUUCACAUCGCUGCCGCCAGGCCGUGGACGCAGUGCACGUCGUCUCGCAGCUCCGACCCACGCACGCAGGGCUCGUUUCGUCACACUCGUGUUCUGUGCACACAUCCAGAUGCGCUGGAGCGACGCAUCCUCGACGACUCGCCUGCAUGCCUGCCCGCCGAGCCCCAGUAUCCUCGACGCGCGAACGAGGCGGAAUACUACGUGUGGUUUGCGUCGAUCGAGCCCGCCACGGAACCAGCCCUCGACGCGCCAACGCGCCCGGAUACUUGCUUAGACACAAGCUGCAGGAAGGAGUCCGCAUGCGGUGCGUCACGCGCAAAACGCACUCCCCGCGCGGCCACAGGCGCGGCGUACUUUGUGAGGCGGGAAGGGCGGGGGCAGUAG